AUGGCCAGUGGUUGCUGUGCAUUUGUCCUACUCUCCGUCUUCCAUGUGUCGCUGAGUGUUGAAAUGACAGGCUUAUAUGGCAACUUCACCACCCCCAACUUCCCCCAGCCAUAUCCUGAUAACACGCUCACGGUGUGGAACAUCACCGUCCCACAGGGCCACAGGAUCAAACUCUACUUCACUCACUUCAGCAUAGAACCGUCCAACCUGUGUGAAUAUGAUUACAUUCAGGUUUUGGCAGAAGGCAACGAUACUGUGCGGUUCUGUGGAGAAGAAGAAAAGAACGAUGAAAGCACCCCGAGGAACACUGUCAUCCUGUCAGCCGGCAACCGCAUGUCAGUGGUCUUUAGGAGCGACUACUCUAAUGAGGAGCGAUUCACUGGCUUCCAAGCAUUUUACACCUCAGAAGACAUUAACGAGUGUCAAUACCGUGUGGACGAGGAAGAAACCUGCGACCAUUUUUGCCACAAUUACAUCGGUGGGUAUUACUGUACAUGUAGGCCAGGAUAUCUUCUUCAUCUCAACAGAAGAUCAUGUACAGUGCUAUGCCCCAGUCAAGUGUUGACCAACCUGUCAGGCCUUCUGACGAGUCCAGGCUAUCCGAGCCCAUAUCCGCCCAUGAUUCACUGCAACCACACCAUCCGUCUUCCUGAGAGCUACAAAAUAAACCUGGAUUUUAUGGAGCCUUUUGACAUCGAGGGACAUCCGGACAUCCUCUGUCCAUACGAUAUGUUAAAGAUUUCAACAGGCCAUCGAGACUACGGGCCGUUCUGUGGAUCGACGCCACCAGACAACAUCUACUUUGAAAGUUUCCAAUUGCAUGUUUCAUUCAGGUCGGACUCAAGUGGAAAAAACAAAGGAUGGAAGAUCAAGUACACGAGUAUAAAUGCCACGUCCCUUACUUUGAUUACGACUUGA